AUGUCAGAAGCAAAACCUGUGCGGAGAUCUACAUCCAAACAGAAUGCACCAUGCUUUGUACUUGAAUUAGAGGGGAAUCAUGUACGUCAAGCCAAAGCAGACACAAUGAAGGAUUUAAUUGCUCGCACGGAUGGUGUUAACCAAGCUGCACAAAAGAUAAAAGAUUAUAUAACAAAAACAUUUUUAGUAUCAGUUUUGCCAACGGGCAAUUUCUUACCGAAGGAAGAAUUUACAGUAACAGAAGAAAAGAAAACAUUUUCUUCGAAAAACUUUGCAUCUGUAUUAAAGGACCAUUACAGACUGUUAUCUAAGCUUGUAAACUACACAGAAUAUGCUAGAACAAACAAUCAAAUAGGAAUAGGGAAGAAACCGGGAUCCAAAAAACUCAAAGACAAGUUACUCAACAUUGAAGACCAGUUAUAUCAGAUUAUGUGUGAUAUAAAAAUAGCUCUUAUUGGACAAAAAGAGGACGCAAAGAUAGCGUCUGCAAAUCACCAAGUGUCGUCUGCUUUCAAAUCAGCGGCAAAACCAUUUAACAACGAAACAAGAAGGACAUAUAGAAUUGAAGGAAAAAAGACAAAGGGGAUACUAGGGAUCGAGUAUCUUUCAUCGAGAGAACACCAGAUGCAACAUUUUCGCGAGUCCUCAGCAGAAUCAUACCAUGUAAAUAAAGAAAUAGUUUAUGUGAAACACGUUCGCAGCAGUGAUACAGAAAAAGAAUAUCCCAAUGAGUUAGUUUUGUCCGUGCAUAAAGACGGUAUCAGUGAUGCCUUUUUGGAACUUCUGCUAGAAAAAUACCUAGAGAAUUUGGAUUUCACUUCAAGUGGAAGCGAAGUGUUGCAAACCAAUGCAGCAACAGAUAACAAAAAUGACAAAAGAAAACAUCAGAUGUACAAAUUCAACAAAGGUCAAUCUUUUGUUACAGUAAAGCGGCUAUCAGAAAGUCAUUUCCAUUUGCUAGGAACGUUUUGCAUGGAUGGGAAUGUCAUAGGUAUUGAGCCAUUAGAUGAAAGCAAGAGUCUCCAUUCGAAACAUUUUUUCUCUUUAGAUAGUUAUCAUUCCACAGAAUGUGCCAACUCCGAAAACUACCAGAAAGACGACUUCAAUGAUAUCGAAGAGAAGCCUUUGGAUUUUAGACUGUCCAAUGCAUUCAGCACGUUUUCCGAUGAAACAAACUUAAAAGAUAGAGUAAAACGGGAAGUAGAACAUCUGACUAUUGAGCUCCUAAUGGUUAUCGAUUUUGCCGCUUACAGCUGGUGGCAAACUAUGGUAGGCAAACCUGAUAAUCACGACUCGGACAUUAUGGCAAUAAUCAGACAGUAUUAUGCUUACAUUUUUCAAGGGAUAAACAAAAGGUUUAGUGCUAUAGAAGAUCAACCGUUCAUUAUAGACCUUGCAUUUUCUGGUUUGUUUGUAGCUAAAACUGAGCUCGAGUCUUACUGGACCACAAAGAGCGUUAUAGAUGGAGAUGGAGACAGUGCACGCGUAAUGGUCAACUCGUCAGAAGCUCUUGAUAAAUUUCAAAAAUGGCUGGAUGAAGCAGACUUCCUUCCAAAAUAUGACCAUGCGAUAUUGUUCACAGGAACAAAUCUGACAUACGCUGGUAGUCCAGGUAAUGCAGGUAUUGCCUUUGCAUCGUCAAUGUGUCGAAACAUCUCCAACUCGUCAAUAGUCGAAGAUAUAUUUGAUUACAGAACAGUAACAUAUGCUACUCAGCAAGUUGCACGAGCUCUUGGCACACGGGAUGAUAUGGAUAACAAUGAUUGUCUUGAAUUCUUUAACCACAUUAUGGUACCAAAGUUCAAAUUGCCAAUUAAGUCGUUUGGUUCAAAUAAAUGGAAAUUCUCCAAGUGCUCUGAGCAGUACAUUAAUGAUUAUAUAAUUGAAUUAAAUGAAGAUGGUCUGACUUGUCUGAAAGAGACGUCUCUGGAUGAGCGAUACCCAGCUGAGUUAGCCGCAUUAGUUAAUGACCUACCUGGUGUUAGUUACAGCGGUAGAAGGCAAUGUGAAAAUGCAUUUGGUUUGGGAUCGGAUAUCUGUCGCAAAGAAAUAGAAACAAGCUAUUCUAAAAUUUGCGGAGGACUUCUAUGUACGUUUCCAGGUUCAGAUAAAUGUGGAUAUAUACUUCCGGCAGAUGGAACGCCUUGUGGUAACAAAAAAUACUGCUGGCAAGGAAGUUGUUUAGACCAUAAAGAUGCGCCGGAAAGUUCUGAUACUUGCGUUUUUGGAAAUGAGCCAAAUAUGAACUGCUACAAUCUUGUCGUUAGUGAACCAAGUCAAUGUUAUAUAGACGAUAUAAGAUAUAAAUGUUGCAACACUUGCGAAUUGCUCUUCACUGGCAUUACUGGUUGUGAGUACGGUGACCGAUCUGACGACUGUGAUCUUAGAGUCUGCGUUAAUGGUGAUCAAGAUUACGCUAGUAAAACUUGCUGUUUAACAUGCUUAGAUGGACCUACACCAUUUGCACGACCUAUAUUAAGUACAGAAGCGGAAACAUCUGCAUUUACAUCCACAAAAUCUACUUUGUUACCAUUGUCAGAGUCACCAUUAACUCCUGGUUCAUCAUUAUUAUCGUUGUCAUCUUAUUCUUAUACUGCAUCGACGUUAUCAUCUUUAAGAUCGACAUUGUCGUCAUCUUCAUCAUCGGAUUCUUCCUCUUCAUUGCCACCACCUGUAAUGACUACGUCUUCCCCAGUAUUCUCAUCGUCUGUUCAAAAUUUAUUACAAAAUACAGAUCAAACAGAUGACACAGGCACUAGGCAUGAAAUGUCUACGGCUUAUCCUCAUCUUGAUGGAGAAACAUCAACAUCGUAUUUGUCGUCAGAAAGUUUAUAUCAAGAAACAAAUGAUAUAUUUAAAAAAUAUCCCUCUACUUAUACAUAUUCUGAGUACGCCAGUACUAAAAUUCCAAAAGCAGGCAACUUAGAAACGACAGAAUCUUUAACAAUAAACAAACCUUUACCGACUCCAGAAACCACUCUUGAUUUAGUGACGGAUAUCUUUAAAGCUACACCUUCUCAGCAUGCAGGCACAUCUACACUGUCCAUCGAGACCUUAAGCGAUGAUAAAGUAGAAGCAACUGGAAAGGAAGAACAUAUCUUUUUGGAAACAACUACCAAAACCUCUGUCCAAAAUGCAAGCAUGUGUACAACACAAACCUUGUGCGACUGUCCAAUUAACGCAGAUCCUGUUUCUAGAACAGCUUCUAUUUCCCGUACGGUUCCCACCAGACACCCAGUAACUCAGCCUACUGAUGCGACAAAAUGCAUUUCUGCUCACGUGAAAGACACAAAUCAAUCAGCGAUUGAUAGGAAUUUUUUUAGAAGUGUGGCUGGGUCAAUGCGGAAAAGUCAACGACGUAUAAGUAGCGGUGUAUAUCAGAACAUCAAGGCAUUGUACUUGGCCGUAAGUGGACACCUCAGGGGAUUCCAACGCGAGUAUGAAAAUGAGAAUGAGUCGGGACGAGAAGGCAGCGAGACUCUGUCAAAUGAUGAUGACGAUAUGAACAAAAAAUUGAAGCCAAUUUGGAAAAUCCAUUACCAUGAUCUUAUCAGAGACCUAAAGACAGAUAUCAGGGACAUGCGCUACAGGGUUCUUGCUUUAAUGAAUUUUUGCAUGAUUUCUUUGACCUCCUCUUGUUGCAGGAGAAAAAUCAGGAAGACAUCUCCUAAAAGUAUGGACAAAAACACAGUUAAAGCAAGUAUAAAUAGUAAAGGAAGUAACCCUGUUAUUGUAGAUAUGUAUUACUGA